AUGCAGCCUUCACUAGUCGCCGGCAUGCGCCGCAUGAUCAACACCAAGCUUCAGCCCACCAGAGUCAAAUAUGUUGCCCCCAAGGAUCAGAUUCAGAUGUGGAGAAUCGUCCGUGGUGACGAGGUGUUUAUUACCAGCGGAAAGGAGAAGGGCAAGACGGGAACGGUCAAGAAGGUCCUCAGGAGCUUGAACUCGCUCUUGAUUGCCGACAGGAACAUGGUCACGAAACACAUUCGUCCUCAGGCCGAGGACCCCACGAAGGCUACCAAGAUUCAAAUCGAGGCACCUAUUCACGUCUCUAACGUCUCCCUGAUCGAUCCCCAGACCAGACAGCCUGUGAAGACUCAUUACCGCGCGAUUGUGGACGAAACCACCGGAAAGUCAGAGAGGAAGCGUUUUGUUGUCGGAACAGAGGUGGAGGUCCCCAAGCCCAAGGCCGAUAUUGCCAAAUACAAGCUGGAGCGCGUCGACAGCCCCAAGGAUACCUCUGCCAAGGAUGCUCGGGAGGUCACAUUCAUCCCCGACAUCAACGUCCCACCAUUCCCUAGCAGCAGCAUCUUGGACGAGCUCAGGAACCCUUACUCCAAGUUCCGUUAA